AUGGGUCAGGACGCGAAUAAUCAUGUGUACCCAAUUGCAUGGACAAUUAUGCAUAUUGAGAACAAAGACAACUGGAAGUGGUUCUUGGAGCUCUUGCAUGAAGACAUUGGAGAUCAGACAGAGCAUGGUUGGUGCUUCGUCUCUGACAUGCAGAAGGGUUUAAUCCCAGCAUUGCGUGAAGUUAUGCCAGGUGCGCAUCACCGCUUCUGUGCGUGGCACCUUUGGCAAAACUUUCAGAAACAAUGGAAGGACUCACACUUGAAGAGUUUACUUUGGAAGUGUGUUAGAGCAAUGACUGUCCAGAAAUUCAACGGACAUAUGCAGUCUAUAAAGAGGGUGAAUGAGAAAGCGUGGGCAUAUUUAGACAAGUUUCCUAGGCAGGCGUGGACCAGGGCUCACUACAAGGACUUUCCAAAGGUUGACAAUGUUUGCAACAACAUGUGUGAGGUGUUCAACGCUGCCACCAAACCAUACAGAUGCAAGCCCGUCUUGACUUUACUGGAGGAGGUUAGGAGGUAUGCCAUAACUAGUAUGGCAAGGAACAAACUGAAACUCUCUAGCCAUGUGGGACACUUACCUCCGAUUCAACAAAGUAGACUUGCAAAGGAAAGGCAUUACAGCAGGUAUUAUAUACCAAUGUGGUCUGGAGAUGCGGCUGAAGUGAUGUUUGAAGUGCAUGGUGAACCACAUAAUGUGGUGGUUGAUUUGGGAAACCAAACAUGUAGCUGCAGGUCUUGGCAGUUAUCGGAUGUCGGUCACACAACAAGGAGUUGUAGAAUAGCAAAGAAACAAAAGGCUGAUGAGCUAGCAGCUGCUGCAAAGGCUGUCGAAGAUGCUGCAAAUAAGUGUGACACUGGUUCUAAAGGUAACGAAGGUGAGGUUGUUACUGAAGAAUGUGAGGUUGGGGCUGAAGGAGGACAAAUUGAUACUCAAACAGAAGUUUCUGCUGAAAGGGGUCUAGGAGCUGAACAAGAACCUACAACUCAGGCUGCAAAGACUACAAAGAAUGCCAAGAAAGGGCAUCUGAGAACUAAAUGUGAGAGACGCAUAGACAAACUCCCUGUCAAGAGGACAACUUCAUCCACUGCUGCGGCUGCUCUACAUCCAACUGAGAUUUCAAGAGAGACUAUUCAGGGAGCUAGUGCAGCAACCUCUGAAAAACUGACCUCCUUCUUGAAAUUUGUUCUAACUCCAGGAUUCAACCCACCAAGAAAAAAUGUCUAA